GAUCUUUCUUCUCUCUCUCUUCUCAGUGGGCCAUCGAGGUUUUCGCACUACUCCCUUUCCCGAUCUUGGACGUGUUGGCGACUUCCCAUUUCCUGUGCUCUCCGACCACCCCGUUACGGCGAUCGGCUUCUUCUUCUACGGUGUGUCUGGCGAGGCAUUGCAAGCGACGAGAAGAAAAAGAGGAUUUCUUCACUGGUGCUGUUUUCUCUUUUUCUUUUACCAGUAUCUCUAUCGCACAAGGACCCCUCGGUGACUUCACCGUGAAGUAAAGCGGCGACACAACACAAAAUCAAAAGAAUAUAUAAGGACAGUUGAAGCUAAGUGUUUACCAUAACAGCAGCAACAUGUCACGCGAUCCAGCGCGUGAUUCGGCGCACGCGUUUUGGAGCACGCAGCCGGUGCUUCAGACGGAAGGCGAGAUGCAAAGUGUAAUCUUCGCGGGACCGAUGGAUGCCCCGAAGACGGUGGAUGAUAUCCCGACGGAGCCGCACCCGAUUGCCAGCACGUUUGAGUGGUGGACGCCGAACCUGGAAAGCGACGAGGACAUCACAGCUAUAUACGAGCUGCUGCGCGACAACUACGUCGAGGACGACGACAGCAUGUUUCGCUUCAAUUACACGAAGGAGUUCCUGCAGUGGGCCCUCCGCCCACCGGGCUACAUCCGGGACUGGCACGUGGCGGUGCGCCGCCGGAAGGACAAGAUGCUGCUUGCCUUUAUCGCUGGUAUUCCAAUGACGUUGCACAUGGGGACGCCAAAAGCGAUCCAGGAGAAGGCACGGGAAGAGGGCAAAGGAGAGGAAGCAGCGAAGUAUGACGGUCCGCGGCGCAUCUGUGAAAUCAAUUUUCUCUGCAUCCACAAGCAACUGCGGGAGAAGCGCUUGGCCCCUAUCCUCAUUCAAGAGGUCACGCGGCGUGUGAACCGCACCGGUGUGUGGCAGGCCGUGUACACCGCCGGCGUCGCGCUGCCCACGCCGUACACGUCAGGCCGGUACUUCCACCGCAGUUUUAAUCAGGAGAAGCUGGUGGAUGUGCGCUUCUCCUCCAUCCCCCAAGCUUUCAAGCGGUUCCAGAAUCCGAUGGCGAUGCUGAAGCGGUAUUACCAGCUGCCGGACACCCCGCGUAGCAGUGGCCUCCGUGAGAUGACGCGGGACGACGUCCCGGCAGUCCAAAAGAUCCUCUCGAACUACCUCGCAAAGUUCGACGUACGACCGGAGUUUGAUAAGGCGGAGAUCGAGCACUACCUGCUGCCGCGGGAGCAUGUGGUGUUCUCGUACGUGGUGGAGAAUGACGGUAAAGUGACAGACUUCUUCUCGUUUUUUCGCAUCCCCUCUACCGUGAUCGGCAACGAGAAGUACAGUACGCUAGAGGUCGCGUACAUCCACUACUACGCCGCCACGAGCAUGCCUCUCCAGCAGCUGAUUCUUGACUUGCUCAUUACGGCGCACUCCCGCGGCAUUGAUGUGUGCAACGCCGUGGAUAUCCUCGACAGCCGCACGUUCUUUGAAGAAAUGAAGUUCGGUCCAGGCGACGGUUAUCUGCGGUACUACUUCUAUAACUGGGCGUAUCCGCAGAUCGACUCUUCCCAGGUGGCGUUGGUAAUGCUGUGA